GUUUUCUCCCCGCCUUUCUGACGUGCUCUUGCAAGCCGGGGACGCGGGGACAAGAUGAGUCCCCCGUAGCUUCGUCUUUUGCAGACAACUCUGUUGGAAUCUGAACCUGGAGCAUCCGGGGGCCGUUGCACGAAUCCCCUGGCCUGAGAUCCGGGGACGCAUCCUUCGGAGUCCUCAUGGAAUGGAUCCCAGCCUCCUCGGGAUCUUUCAUUCACCCGAUGGAGCCCGAGAGGUGGGAAGCGGCGGAGCCUCCGUCGGAGCCGGCGAGGGCAGCCAAGGAAGGGGCCGAGCUGCGCUGUGGGGCCUUUUCCAGCAACGGCUUGCAGACAUGCCAGGGGUCCCCACCCUGCCCGCUGAGCCAGAUGACCUCUGGGGUGCUCCCAGCUCCAGCUCCCUCCCACCUAAGCCAAGCCCCAGGGAUGCCUUCCGACCGGUCCAUCUCAGCUUCAUCCACCUGUUCAUCUUUGGCCAGUUCGUCCCAGGAGUCGGAUGACGUCUUUAGCGACAUCGAAGGAAGGUCGGUCACGACAAAGAAACGGGUGCUGAGGAAGACAAAAUCCUGGAAGACCUUUUUCACCAUGGUCCACUGGUCCUUGCGACGACGCAGCUCCUGGGUGCAGUUGGCCGGACACGAAGGCAACUUCAAGCCCAGCGAAGGGGGCCAAAUCCUGAAGAAGUUCAGCGCCGUGGAGGCGGCGUGUCUGUCGGAGCUGAUGACCGACGUCCUGCGCCCUUUUGUGCCCACCUACCAUGGGGUGGCAGAAGUGGGUGGCGAACGCUACAUCCAGAUGGACGACCUUCUCCGCGGGCUCCAGCGCCCCAGCAUCAUGGAUUGCAAGAUGGGCACCAGAACGUACCUGGAGGAGGAAGCGGGCAAGGGUCAGCCCCGCGCAGCCCCCCGGCGAGACCUCUACCAGAAAAUGGUGAAGAUUGACCCCUGGGCCCCCACCCCGGAGGAGCACAGCCAAGGAGCCGUCACUAAGCCCCGUUACAUGCAGUGGAGGGAGAGCAGCAGCUCCAGCACCUCUCUGGGCUUCCGGAUCGAGGGGGUUACGAUCGAGGGGGGAACCGUGCAACGGGAUUUCAAGCAGACACGGAGCCAGGAUCAAAUUAUAGAGAUCUUUUUGCAGUUUGUGAAGAAUCGCGUGGAUGUGUUGAAAAUCUACUUGGCCCGCCUGGAGAAUUUAUGCCAAGCCUUGGAAGAGUCCAACUUCUUCAAGAGGCACGAGGUGAUCGGGAGUUCCCUGCUCUUCCUCCACGACCAGAAAGGCCACGCCAGCAUCUGGAUGAUCGACUUUGGCAAGACUCUCCCAGCGCCAGCCCACUCCAACCUUCGCCACGACGUGGCUUGGACCCCCGGGAGCCACGAAGACGGCUACCUGAUCGGCCUGCAGCACCUGACCCACACCAUCCGGGCGACUCUGGCCAGAGCUGAGCAGAGCCAGGAGCCUCUCCUGGGCCCCUCCUGAGCCUGCGGCCCUGGCACACAGCCGAGAGUGGUGGAAAAGAGACCCGGCCUCCCCCCCACUGGGCGGGUGACAUCCCCGGGCGAGGGCAGCCGUGCUGCUUGGGGAGGGGGCAGCUGGGAGCCUCCUGGGAAGAGCUGCUUUGCCAGAACGGUGGAGGGAGCCGGGACCCCCUUGCAACAUCCCAGAUCUUGCCGAAAAGCUGCGACCUGCCAGCUGUUGGGAUUGCAACCGCACCAGAAACAAACAACACAAGGAUUUUGUGGCUAAGGGAUGUAAUUUCCUCUCCAGCCUUCCAGUUCCUUUUCCUGCUUACCUCCCCACCACCAAUGGCUCUCCAAAGGGGUCUCUCAUUUCCCGAGGCCAUUUUCAAGCCCCUCCGUGGUGGGGCUGACCUCCCUCCCCCCUUGGAAAAGCAGCGACAGCGAGGAGGGGCUCGGAAUCCCAAACGGAAAGAAGAAUCGUGGCAAAGUUGCUCACACGGGAUCGAAGGCCGGACUUUCACAGGAAGGGGAGAGUCAUAACCGGGGAUCGCCCGGAGUUUAUCCGCCGUGAACCGAACCGCCGUUUUACUCUGGCUGCCCCAAAUUUGCAGUUUUCGUGCAACCUGCCGGAGCGAAAGCUGGCUGCGAGGCCCGGACUUUGGCAAGGCUGGGUCAUCUGCAAGUCAGGGUGUCACACAUGUACACACCUGCUGUACAAGUCGGAAACUUGUAACUUUGCAAAGAUGCAACCUCCUCUUGGGAUGUUGGCUUGAGAUGAAUUAAAAGCCAGGCG